AUGCAGAGCUCUGAAACCAACCCGAGCUUAGUUGGACUCGCAGAAGAAAUCACAAAGAACGCUAAAGUUCUAGAUGCAUACAUAACAGAAAAGAGGCUUCCAAAACCAACGUUUGCCAGCGAAGGGCCCCUCGUUUUUCCUGUUCCUCAGGAUGACCAUGAAAUGCAGGCAGCUCGCCUCUCGCUGAUCGGUGCGAGUCGAUCACUUCUCGAGCUCACUCUCGGACCAUUGCAGAGAUUGAAUCUUGAGGUUCCUACUUCUUUCCAAUUCGCGAGCGCGCUCGGGGUUGCCAACCACUUCCGCAUUGCGGAACAUGUACCUACUGAUUCGGGUAGCGAGAUUUCCUUUGAGGAUUUGUCGCAGAAGGUAGGACUUGAUGUCAACCGCCUUAAAAGAGUCCUUCGCGUGAAUACCGCGAACCGCGUUUUUACGGAGCCUCAUAUUGGAUACAUUGCUCAUACCGCUGCCUCAAAAGUCAUGCUAGAUCCAGAUGCCAGUGCUUGGAUUGGACACCAGAUGGAAGAGAUAUACAAAGGAAGUGCCAGAGUCAUCGAUGCAUUUCACAAAUAUGAAAAUUCGGACGAUGUGAAUGAGACGGCGUUGGCUUUGGCGCUCGACGGCAGGACCUACUGGGAUUACCUGGAACGAGAACCAUGGAAAGUCCAAAGAUUUGCUGAUGCUUUGCGAUAUGUGAGUUCUCACGGUAGGGAGGACAUUCGCCACGUCAUUGAGACAUUUGACUGGCAUAAGUUUGGCAAAACUACGGUGGUCGAUGUCGGCGGAUCGUCCGGCAGGGUAGCAAUUUCAAUUGCUAAAGUGGCUCCCAAUUUGAACUUUAUCGUCCAGGAUUUACCUGAGCUGACCGCUACGGCGAAAAAGAUGAUCGAGUCAAAGGAGCCGUCUGAGCUCGAAAGUUCCAACCGAGUUACGUUUCAAGCUCACGAUUUUUUCCAGCCCCAGCAUGUCAGAGGCGACGCCACUGUAUAUAUGUAUCGUCAAAUAUUGCAUGACUGGCCGGACAAGGAUGCAAUUUCAAUUUUAAAGGCAUUGGUCCCUGCAUUGAACGACGGCGAUACACUGUUGCUGUUUGAAGCCAUCCAGCCGCUACCCAAUACUGUCCCUAAUGAGAUUGAACGCCUGGUUCGUGCUGCCGAUUACUUGAUGAUGCAAAAACACAAUUCGCCCGAACGAACAUUGGACAUGUGGAUGGAUGUAUUGGCUGGCGCCGAUCCCAGAUUCGAGUACGUAUCGCACUACACACCACCUGGUAGCAACGAUGGAAUGAUUGAAGUACGAUGGAAUGGCACGAAGAAAGAAGACAAAGGAAAGAAAUAG